AUGAUGUGGGAACUGCGAUCCGUAGCCUUCACCCGGGCUGUCUUGGCAGAGUUUUUGGCAACUUUGGUCUUCAUCCUCUUUGGCCUGGGCUCUGCUCUGAACUGGCCCUCGGCUGCCUCCCCGAGCAUCCUCCAGAUUGCGCUGGCUUUCGGCUUGGCCAUCGGCACGCUGGUCCAAGCCCUGGGGCACAUCAGCGGAGCCCACAUCAACCCGGCGGUGACGGUGGCUUGCCUCAUCGGCUCCCAAGUCUCCUUCCUCCGUGCAGUCUUCUACGUGGUGGCCCAGCUCCUGGGGGGUGUCGUGGGGGCUGCCAUCCUGCACGAGAUCACCCCCGCAGACUCCCGGGAAGGCUUGGCCAUCAACAAGCUGCACAACGAGACGACGACGGGGCAGGCGGUGACCGUCGAGCUCUUCCUCACCUUCCAGCUGGUCCUCUGCAUCUUCGCUUCCACCGAUGAGCGCCGGGAGGACAACCUGGGCUCUCCUGCCCUCUCCAUCGGCCUUUCCGUUGCCGUGGGGCAUCUCCUUGGGAUCCGUUACACCGGCUGCUCCAUGAAUCCCGCCAGAUCCUUCGCCCCUGCUGUGAUCGUUGGAGAUUUCAGCGACCACUGGGUAAGCCGGGUCUAUUGGGAGGGGUCCCUGCCCAUGGCAGGGGGUGCAGCAGCCUCCAUCAUCUACAAUUACAUCCUCUUCCCGCAAGCCAAAUCCUUCUCGGAGAGACUUGCCAUCCUCAAAGGCUGCGAGCCGGAGGAGGACUGGGCAGAGCGCGAGGUCCGCCGGCGGCAGUCGGUGGAGCUUCACCCCCCACAGACCCUGCCGAGGGGGAUGUCUGAGAAGGUGUAG